GGCAUUUCACUGACACUUGUCAUUUGUCAAGAUGACAGACCUAGAAUUUUAUUUUAAUUAUUAAUGGCGAAUGGUGAUGGCGAUGGUUUUAAUAAAUGAAUUCUAAUUUAAUUUGAAAUCUAAUGAGUGUAUAAUUUAAAUUGUUAACUAUCCACCCAGUCUAUAAUGGAUAAACACAAUAGCUCCGAGUUGUUGAACUCUGAUUAUUCUGUAUCCAAAAAUGCAAGUUCCGAUUCAUUGGAUUCAGACUCUAAAUCGAGUUCAUUGAAUUCCAAACACGGACAAGACUCCUCCCAUGGAUUAGGUGACAUUCAUUUGUUAGACGGAGAAAAAGUGAUGGGCGUAUCCAGGGAUGUGACUUAUUUGUGCCCAUACAAUGGCCCAUCUCAUGGAGUUCUUAAAGUUACAAAUUACCAACUGCAUUUUAGACCUACAGAGGCUACUUCUCUACAAACUACAUUGAGUGUUCCGCUAGGCGUUGUGUCUCGUAUAGAAAAAGUUGGUGGCGCUUCAUCUAAAGGUGAAAACUCAUAUGGCAUUGAAGUAUUCUGUAAGGAUAUGCGUAAUUUGCGUUUUGCGCACAGGCAAGAGAAUCAUUCAAGGCGUGGUAUAUUUGAAAAGUUACAGCAGUUAGCCUUUCCAUUGUCGCACAGAUUGCCACUGUUUGCAUUUAGCUAUUCAGAGAGUUUUCCAGAUGAUGGCUGGAAUGUGUAUGAACCUAUUGCUGAACUAAGACGAAUGGGUGUCAACAACGACAUGUGGCGCAUAACGCGUAUAAACGACAAGUAUGAAAUAUGUGAUAGCUACCCAGCAGUUUGGGCUGUACCGGCCGCGGCAAACGAUGAGUUGUUGCGAGCGGUGGCCGCGUUCCGCUCCCGUGGCCGCAUACCCGUGCUUGCGUGGAUACACCCAAGCUCACAGGCCACCAUCACGAGAUGCAGUCAGCCUUUAGUUGGUGUAAGUGGUAAACGCAGCAGAGAAGACGAGAGGUACAUACAGUUGAUCAUGGACGCUAAUGCGCAAGCGCACAAAUUAUUCAUCAUGGAUGCUCGGCCGAGUGCCAACGCUAUAGCAAACAAAGCCAAGGGAGGCGGGUAUGAAUCCGAAGAUGCGUAUCAAAACGCGGAACUAGUAUUCCUUGACAUUCACAACAUUCACGUGAUGAGGGAAAGUUUGCGGAAACUAAAAGAGCUCUGCUUCCCACAAAUUGAUCAAACUAGGUGGUUCAGUGGCAUAGAAGCCAGUUGCUGGUUGAAACAUAUCAAAUGCAUUUUGGCAGGUGCUGUACGCAUCGUAGAUAAGGUAGAGAAUCACAAAACAUCAGUGCUAGUACACUGUUCGGAUGGAUGGGACAGAACAGCUCAGCUGACAGCAUUGGCCAUGCUCAUGUUGGACCCUUACUACCGCACACUAAGAGGCUUCCAGGUGCUCAUUGAAAAGGAAUGGCUAUCGUUUGGACACAAGUUCCAACUGCGAAUCGGUCACGGCGACGAGCGUCACUCAGAUGCGGAUCGGUCGCCAGUGUUCGUGCAGUGGGUGGACUGUGUGUGGCAACUGCAGCAGCAGUUCCCGACCGCAUUCGAGUUCACCGAGAGACUGCUCAUCACCAUCGUCGAUCAUCUAUACUCGUGUCGCUUCGGCACUUUCCUGUUCAAUACUGAACGAGAGAGGGUGAAGGAAGAAGUAAAGGCAAAGACAACAUCCCUCUGGUCAUACAUAAACAGUAGACAGAACCUAUACCUCAACCCACUGUACUGGGGUCCUUCUUCGUUCAGCCCGAACUCCCCACCUUCGCCACACUCCAGGCCUCAGAUGGUGUUGGUGCCUGUAGCGUCAUUGAGGAUCAUCAAACUUUGGAAAGCGUUGUACUGCAGGUGGAAUCCCACGAUGAGGCAGCAAGAUCCAAUUUACCAACGUACUCGUGAGCUGGUAGCUCUACGGGCUCAACUCGAGGCGGCUGCGGCUGCGGCUGCUGGUGACCACGCGGCGCGGCAACAUCGCCUCGGCCUGACUCCACCGCGCGUUGCCAGCCCGCACCACGUGUGAAGUGUAUCAGCGCACCACGGAUAUAGCCGGUAAUUUGUCAUCGCCACAAGAGACUGACAGGAAUGAGCAGGAAAGCGAUAAAGUGAGGUUCUUGACUCAAAAACUUUUUACUUUAAAAGUUUCACAAAUACUUUAUAUUGUUUUCGCAUUUUAUUAAUUCCAUUCCUUGUGUUUUCAUUAAAUUUUUAGCUAUUGUAAAUAAUAUGAUUACUAUUUUUUAAAAUAUGUAUAACUAUUUACUCGCGUAUUAUUACCGCUAAAUGUCUAGUAAUAAACUACAUAUUUAUAGGA